AUGGCGAGAAUAGUGGACGGCGAGAAUAGUGGACGGCGAGAACAGUGGAUGGCGAGAAGAGUGGAUGGCGAGAAGAGUGGAUGGCGAGAAGAGUGGGGCGAGCAGAGUGGAUGGCGAGAAGAGUGGAUGGCAAGAAGAGUGGAUGGCGAGAAGAGUAGAUGGCAAGAAGAGUGGAUGGCGAGCAGACUGGAUGGCAAGAAGAGUGGGCGCAGCCUUGAUGGCGAUAAGAGUGGAUGGCAAGAAGAGUGGUUGACAGCCUUGAUGGCGAGAACAGCGGAUGGCGAAAAGAGUGGAUGGCGAGAAGAGUGGAUGGCGAGAAUAGCGGAUGGCGGGAAGAGUAGAUGGCGAGAAGAGUGGAUGGCGAUCAUGGCGGGAACAGUGGAUGGCGAGAAGAUUGGAUGGCGAAAAAGGUGGUCGACAACCUUGCUGGCGGGGAAGUGGGCGGAAGUCUUGAUGGCGAGAAGAGUGGAUGGUGAGAAGAGAAGGUUGGGAGCCUUGAUGGCGGGAAGGGUGCGGUUGAAAGAUGUUUGGUGCGGUGUCGCGUUGAAGUCCGACCAUCGGAUGGCGGGGGUGUCGCGAAGGGAGGAUGGCAGGACUGCAGGAUGGUCGGGCACUCGGAUGGCAGGACGGUGGGGUGGUCGGAUGGCAACAUGGUCGGUUGGUCCGGUGGCGGGAUGGCAGGAAAGUUGGAUGAUCAGGUGGUCGGAAGAUGGGAUGGGAGGAUGGGAGGAUGGUCGGGUGGUCGGAUGGCGGAAUGGCAGGAUAAGAGGAUGGCAAGAUGGCAAGAUCGGAGGAUGGCAAAAUCGAAGGAUGGUCGGGCGGCAGGAUGGCAGGAUGGCAGGAUCGGAGGAAGGGAGGAUGAGAGGAUGGUCGGAUGGUCGGGUGGUCGGGUGGCAGGAUGGUCGGAUGGGAGGAUCGGAGGAUGGGGGGAUGGCAGGAUGGGAGGAUGUGAUGAUGGGAGGAUGGUCGGGUGGUGGGAUGGGAGGAUGGUUGGAUGGUCGGUCGUGGGACGGCAGGACGACACGACGGUCGGGUGGUGGGAUGGGAGGAUGGUCGGAUGGUCGGGUGGUGGGAUGGCAGGAUGGGAGGGUGGCAGGAUGGCGGAAUGGCAAGAUCGGAGGAUGGUAGGGCAGCAGGAUGGCAGGAUGGCAGGGUUGCAGGAUGGCAGGAUGGGAGGAUGGGAAGAUGGGAGGAUGGGA